UCGCUCUCCUCGAUCCAGAUCGCCGUGCUCUGCUCCUCCCUCCCUCCCCUUCGGCAAGAUCCCCACGCUCUGCUCCUCCCUUCCUCUCUCCCCUCCGGCGGCCUCCCUCUCCUCGAUCCGCAACCAAUCAAACCGCAACCAAUCCCUCACCCACCCUUCCCCCUCUCACUCGCGUAGGUGCAGGCGCAGGGCACAAUGCCCAAUCCAAGGUGGCGACGUCCUUGUGCGCGCUCGUCGUGGCCAUGACGGCGCAGGCGCUCGUGCCGCCGCCGCCGGAGCCGCGGCAGCUCAGCCUGGCGGGCCUCAGGGCCGUCUCCGUGCUCGGCUGCGGCGCCAAGGGCGUCGUCUUCCACGUCGUGCCCAAGGGCGAGGGCGGCGCCGGCGAAGUCGCCAUGACACUCAAGGCGGUCUCGCGGGAGGCCGCGCGACACAAGAAGAGCGGCGGGAGCGGCGGCGGGGACGGACACCGAAGGAUCUGGUUCGAGCGCGACGUGCUCCUGGCCCUGCGCCACUUGCUGCUCCCCGCCCUCCGCGGCGUCUUCGCCACUGACGCCGUCAUCGGCUUCAUCGCUGCAGCGGCGGCGACCUGAACUCCCUCCGACGCCGCCAGACCGAGAAGAUGUUCUCCGACUCCGCCAUACGGGACGCGGCCAAGAUCCUGGUGGCCUCGCACUCCACCGCGCCUGACAGCAAGCUGAAGGUCAUCUACAGGAAGUACUCGAGCGAGAAGCUGGGAGGAGUCGCCCUUCCAGAUUAGAUCAUGCUUGACUACUUGACAAGGCCCAAGGAACUCCGCCCGCUCCUGCAGGAGAAGAAGCUGUACACCUUUGUUGGCUUCUGCAUUGGAGGCGACAAGGAGAAACUGAAGUUGUCUGGUUUGGAGAUCAACCCCGACAAGUACGUCGACUUGCAGCGCAAAUGGAGAGUUCCAAACAAUGGAAAGAAGUGGCAGUCUUUGGCUGAGUUUGCAGCCAGCCUCAUCCACCCAUCCUACUCAAAAAUGAAGCAGGAGAUCGACAGGAAUUCGGACCACCUACUAUGGGGGGACAGCCCACUGCCAAACAAGCUCAUCGAGUACGCCGCGAAAGAUGCGUACGUCACCUAAGAGGCAUGGAAGAAAAUCAAAAUCACCAAAGAAGGUUUUGAGCUCUGGCAAGAGGCGGAGGAUCAUUGGGAUGACCCCUACUACUGUGUCUCAGUUUGUAGUUAUGUGGUUGAACAAGUUUGCUUUUGUUAUGUUGAACAAGUUUGCUUUUGUAAUGAUGAACAAGUUUGCUUUGGUUGUCAGUUGACAUCAUCUCAUCGCUGAGCAUGGUUUAGU